AUGAAACAACGAACUAUUACAAUGUCCUUAAUAAUUACAUUGGGUGUACCAUCAUUAAUAUGUUUUCUGGUUAUCUUUUAUUAUUUUUUUCGAUUGCGCCACGUAUUACUUAUGAAUCGUAUCAAUCAUCAUGUGAUUUUAUGUAUCUUAAUAAGUGAUUUCUUGCUAAUUACAACUGAAUUACCAUUUACGUUAUCCUAUCUUUCAUUAGGAUACGUACGAUCAUCGAAAUUAUGUCUGUUUUGGAUCUAUUGGAACUAUACUCUUCCAGUAGUAUCUUUAUUUCUGACAAUGUAUGCAGCGAUUGAACGCUAUAUGUUAGUAUUUCACAAACAGAUCAUUAUGAAACACAAAAUAUUGUUUCAUUAUAUACCGUUGGGAUUCGUUUGUGUAUAUCCUUUCGGAAUUUACAUGUAUCUUAUUCUAAGUUUUCCAUGCGGAUCAAAUUAUGAACACGAUGUAGCUGCAUUGCUUUGCGGAGGAGCAUGCUAUCUUAAUGAUAUGGUUCAAAGUAUAUAUGAUACAGUUGUUGAUACAAUGCUACCAGCUUUUAUUAUAUUGAUUUUCAGUCUCAUGAUGAUUGGUCACGUAAUCGUACGCAAGCAUAUGGUGUCACCAUCGAUACCAGUAUCGAAUACAUUACAAAGAAAUCGACGAAUGAUCUUACAAUUACUAGGCAUAAGUUCAAUGACUCUAAUGACUUGGAUGCCUUGA